GACGUCACGAGCGCGCCGCGCGCCGGGGGCUUUCCCCCGCCCACUCCGGCGCCGCUCGCUCUUUCCGCGUCUGGCUGAGCAGGAGGCGCCAUCAUGGGAGUCGACAUCCGCCACAACAAGGACCGCAAGGUUCGGCGCAAAGAACCCAAGAGCCAGGACAUCUACCUAAGGCUAUUGGUGAAGCUGUACAGGUUUCUGGCCAGACGAACUAACUCUACCUUCAACCAAGUUGUGUUGAAGAGGUUGUUCAUGAGUCGCACCAACCGGCCGCCCCUGUCCCUGUCCCGGAUGAUCCGAAAGAUGAAGCUUCCUGGUCGGGAGAACAAGACGGCUGUGGUGGUGGGGACCGUGACGGAUGACGUGCGCGUACUGGAGGUGCCCAAGCUCAAGGUGUGCGCACUGCGUGUGACAGGCCGGGCCCGUACCCGCAUCCUCAAGGCUGGGGGCAAAAUCCUCACUUUUGACCAGUUGGCCCUGGACUCUCCGAAAGGCCGGGGCACCGUCCUGCUGUCUGGUCCUCGUAAGGGCCGGGAGGUGUACCGGCACUUUGGCAAGGCUCCGGGAACCCCACACAGCCACACCAAACCCUAUGUCCGCUCCAAGGGCCGGAAGUUCGAGCGUGCCAGAGGUCGACGGGCAAGCCGAGGCUACAAAAACUAACGAUGGACUUUAUCCCAUUAUUAAAGAUAUUUUGGAUGCCAUA